GUCUGUCUGUCUGUCUGUCUGUCUGUCUGUCUGUCUGUCUGUCUGUCUGUCUGUCUGUCUGUCUGUCUGUCUGUUCAGUAUGUUCAGUUUUUAUAUUUCACCAAAGUGUAAACAUGAGCAGACUCUGCAGUUUCGUUCUGCGUCUCUAAGUGCCGCUGUUGAUUAAUGUGGGGAAUAAAAGGGCUUUCCCCCGACUGAGUCGUCCCUCCUCUAUUCUAAACACAGCUACAAAGACAGACGCCCAGGACUCGGCGGUUAAUUCACGAUAAAACAUUUCAUUAAUACCCGUUUAACUUUUUUUUCCCGAUAUUUCAAAGGUUCUGGUCACAAUGGAGGAUAUUCGUUGUUUAACUAAAAGGAAAAUAUUUUCUUGGUUGCCGCUGCUUCUCUGCAUCUGUCUCGCAGAAAUGGCUUUUUGUCAGGUCCGUUAUUCAAUACCCGAAGAGAUGGCAACGAGCUCAGUUGUCGGGAAUAUUAUUCAGGAUCUAGGCUUGGAUAUCAAACGAAUGAAAUCUGGGAGGGCUAGGAUUUUCACCGAGGACGGCAGUGAGUAUAUUGGCUUUAAUGCAGAAAAGGGAACUUUAGUCGUGGUUAAAAGGAUAGACAGAGAAGAACUGUGCAAGCAAGUGUCUCCCUGCUCUCUCCAUUCCCAAAUUAUUCUAGAAAAUCCAAUGGAGCUGCAUAGGAUAGAUGUCGAAAUUAUAGAUGUGAAUGAUAAUGCUCCGUUUUUCUCCAAGAAGGAAUAUAAUUUCCAGGUUAGUGAAUCUGCCUCACUUGCAACUCGAUACUCGCUUGAAAGUGCCAGAGAUCCCGAUGUAGCUCAAAACGCAAUACAAACAUACAAACUUAACCCUACGGAUAAUUUUAAAUUGAAUGUCCUAUCUCGACCUGAUGGAACAAAGUAUAUUGAAAUGGUUCUCCAUACGUUGCUUGACAGGGAAGAUAAAGAAGAGCAUAAAUUAACUCUGACAGCAUUUGACGGUGGUGAUCCUCAGAAAUCGGGCUCUGUCAAAAUAAAUGUAAUUGUUCUGGAUGCAAAUGACAAUGCACCAGUAUUUGGUCAGUCUGUUUACAAGGUUACAGUUCCUGAAAACACAUCAAAGGGAACUGUAAUUUUAAAAGUCAGUGCUACUGAUAUUGAUAAGGGGGCGAAUGAAGAGGUGACGUACUCGUUCUCUCACCACAUCGAUGGUGCAGCAUUCGUGUUUAAUAUGGACCCUCACACUGGGGAAAUGACCGUGGCUGGUGUUUUAGAUUACGAAAAAGAUAAGCAUUAUGAAAUAGAUAUUAAAGCUACAGACAAAGGAGGAUUGGCAGACACAAGUAAGGUGCAAAUUGAGGUGACCGACCUGAAUGACAAUGCUCCCGUGAUAAACAUAAUUUCUCUCUCCAAUCCCAUACCUGAAGAUUCGGUUCUAAACACUGUCAUAGCAAUGAUUAACAUCAAAGACUUAGAUUCAGGUAAAAAUGGCCAAGUUCGGUGUUUUAUUAGCCCAAAUUUACCUUUUAAAAUCAAGUCAUCAGCAAGUAAUUUUUAUAGCCUGAUGUCUGACGAUGUUCUGGACCGUGAAACUGUGCCAGAAUAUAAUAUAACAAUAACAACUAUGGAUGAGGGUUUUCCUCCUUAUUCUACAAACAAGUCUAUUCGUUUAAAAAUAUCUGAUGUAAAUGACAACGCCCCAUUGUUUCCCCAAAACGAGUUGACCGCUUUCAUUGCUGAAAAUAAUGCACCUGGUAUACCAAUUAAGUCUGUUAAAGCCAGUGAUAUGGACUAUGGCAGUAAUGCGCGUAUAUCUUAUUUCCUUGAGGACUUUCAGCUGAAUGGGAUGCCGGUCUCUUCUUAUUUUUCCGUUAAUGCAGAGAGUGGAGAGAUACUUGCAAUGCGUUCCUUCGACUAUGAGCAAACAAAAGAGUUUCAUAUUAGCAUCAAAGCUCAGGAUGGAGGUUCUCCUCCACUCAGCAGCAAUGUGACUGUGAAAAUACUGAUCCAGGAUCAGAACGAUAACCCUCCUCAGGUUCUGUAUCCAGUCCUGACUGGUGGCUCUGUGGUGGCUGAAAUGGUGCCUCGUUCAGCAGAUGUGGGCUAUCUGGUCACUAAAGUGGUGGCUGUUGAUGUGGACUCUGGACAGAAUGCCUGGCUCUCCUAUAAACUCCAGAAAACCACAGACAGGGCGCUGUUUGAAGUGGGCUUACAGAAUGGAGAAAUCAGAACUAUCCGCCAAGUCACUGAUAAAGAUGCUGUGAAACAAAGACUGGCUGUUAUCGUGGAGGACAACGGACAUCCCUCUCGUUCAGCUACAGUCAUCGUGAACGUGGCGGUGGCGGACAGUUUCCCUGAAGUGUUUUCGGAAUUUACCGACUUUACACAAGAUAAGGAAUACAACGACAACCUGACUUUUUACCUAGUGCUGGCUCUGGCUGUAGUCUCCUUCCUCUUCAUCACGUGUUUGGUGGUCAUCAUUUCAGUGAAAAUCUACAGGUGGAGACAGGAGCGUAUAUUUUACAAAUCCACUGGGAAUCUUCCUGUGAUUCCAUACUACCCUCCCCUAUAUGCAGACGCUGGAACAAUGAAGCAGGGUCUCAGUUAUGAGGUCUAUGGAACUACAGACUCUCGAAUGAGCGACGUUAAAUGCUCUCAGCCCUUCAGUCAAAGCACCCUGAGUUUUGAACAUAGUGGUACCAGGACAGUGCCAAGGCACAAACCAGAGCCAGAGAAUAGCUUGACAGAGCAAAAGCCCCCCAACAAUGACUGGCGCUUCACACAGGGACAGAGACCUGGACCUAGCGGUCCCCACAUGCCGUACGGUACACACAUACGAUGGACGCCGAAGAGUGGGACAAGAGCGGCUGGAGGACCUGAGGUUGCCAUGGGAACUGGCCCCUGGCCCCAGCCCCCUACCGAAGCUGAGCAGCUCCAGGCCUUGAUGGCAGCAGCUAACGAAGUAAGUGAGGCUACGGCCACUCUCGGGCCCGGCACCAUGGGUCUGAGCACCCGCUACAGCCCCCAGUUCACCCUGCAGCACGUGCCCGACUACCGCCAGAACGUCUACAUCCCCGGCAGCACGGCCACCCUCACCUCCAACCCCCAACAGCAGCAGGCCACCGCCCAGCAGGCCGCUCAGCAAGCACUGCCCCCUCCUCAGGCUGCAGCCCAAGUCGAGCCCCCCAAGGCUGCCCAAACCCCCGCCUCCAAAAAGAAGUCCACCAAGAAGGAGAAGAAGUAGAUCGGGACGGAGAUGGUGAAGGGAUGACGAUGCUGGUCUGAUUAUGAUGCGAAAUCCGACCCCCCACACCCCACCAUUAGGUAUCUCACUGCACUGCUGUCACUCAUGAUUGCCAAAUAUUGACAGCAAGUCAAUUUUUGACCACAUGGACGUUGUUGGUGGUUCUUUGAAAGUGUCUUCAAAGAACCCGAAUGUGAUGAAGGCUGUUAUUAGUGUUACUAGCCUGUGAUGUGCUAAAGGUUUAGUAUUGUUCACGUAAUCUAUGUGGCUAGAUAUUUUUGGUAGGGUAUGGUGGGUUACCGUUUUGUUUUAGUUUUUUUUCUUUUCUUUUUUUCUUUAAAAAAAAUCAAAUAAACUUGGACAAAGAGAUUCAGUGUAAGGAACCUUGCUGGGAUGACAAGGCUAUAGUGAUGUAUUCAGAGAUUCAUGUUGGAUUUAUUGUGCACUUUCCCUGAUGUGGAAAGUCUGCUAUUGUAAAGUACACUUGUCGCCAUCCAUUAGAUUUCUCUAUAGCAUCAGCCUUGCAGGCUCAUAAAGUAUAAAGCUGUUGUUUGACAGGUAUUAAAAACUCUUCUGCAUGCUCAUUAAGAAUCAAGCCACAUAUACUAGUUUAGCGUUGCAAACUAUGCAUUGCAAAAGCAACAAGGAGGAUGUCCUUAAUCUAUUUUCCUCCCUCCAAUCGCAGGUCAAUAUAAUGCACAUGUAGCAUUUACUUGACACAAAACAGGAAUUACUUUUGUGAUCAUAGUUAAAAAAAAUAAAAUAAAAUAAAGAUAAGAAUUUAAUCUUCUGAUAUUUUUAUGACCUGAGCAUGCACCCAGAGGAAGGGCUGGCAGUGGGAGGCAUGGCGCUGCAUCGUAAGCCAUACUGUCCAUGCAGGUGGUGUAGCAGCAGGGACUGGCUUCUUGUGUGACAACUCCAGAUGGACGAAGACAUGUCCCACUGCCCUGCACUUUCUGCCUUCCCCUCCUCACACCAGCCAGUUCCUCCCUCACUCAUUAACCCCAUGAUGAGAGCCAAAUCAAGAGAAAUGCACUGUUUGUAUUCCGAAAAGGAGAUGAUGCUGGGUUUGUAAUCACGUCAGUCUUUAGGGGAACAUGUAGAUGUGGUAAACCUAAGUGCUUAGGAGUUUCUAGACACUUUGUAAGCCUCUAGGGCCUCGAUGGAGUUUUUCCCUUCACUUUCCUGAGGUGCUGAAGAAACAUCUUGAUGUGACACAGUAACGUGUUCUUUUUCUUUGGGAGAUGAUUCGAUUACAUAGAAGAGUUGUUUGUUUAAGAUAAGAAGUUUUUACUUUGCCGUCCAUCUGUCUGUCAGGCCCGUUGGCCAGAUAAACCUGCAUGGGUCAGGGGUAGUGGACGGAGUACAGUGAGAGGUACAUUGACUGAGGUGGCACCGCUGUGUCAAACAGAGGGUGGGAAACAACCUUGGCUCUACUAGCUGAAUGUACAGAGGAACCACUGUAGGCCCGCCCACCCUCUAAACUUUCUCUAAUGCACUGACCCAGUUGGCAAAGGUCAACAGAGCCAAGCACAGUCAUCCCCGCUGGUGAGGAGAAGCCACUCGCAAGUCCUCUGAAGUAUCUCCUCUUGUUUAAAUCGAUGGGAAACCUGAGCCUGUCUGCCUCUCACCUCUGUCCGUCCACUCCCCUGUUCUAUGAUACUCUUCACUGUAAAUAAAUACCCGUCCUGUCGAUGGUAUGAGCCAGGUGUUUGCAUAGCAGGGACCAUGUCCACAAUUUUCAAAAUAAAAGUCCCUCUCAACAAAGCGUGGCUCACUACUGGAAUGUGUUGCAUUUUGUUUUUCAAGAAAAAUAACAAACCACCGUUCUAAAAAAAAGCAGCGAAUAAGAAUUUGACUUGCUCUUCAAGAAUUUGUGUUGCAAUGUAGUAACUAAGCACCAUGGAAGCCAACUAACACUUCAAUGUAAAUAAAUGAAUUACAAAUAACUUUAGAUAAGUAAACAAAGUGACACACGUAGACUAGUUAACUUGUGGUAUGUGUUGCGCAUAUUUUUGUGUUUAUUUUCUCUCUACUAUCUUUUUAUCACCCUGUAAAGACAAAAAAGCAAAACAAAAAAAAAGAAAAUGUUUCUAUCCUUCUGUAACCUCUUAAUGUUCUUUUGCGGUGAUUUUAUCUCGUGCAUUUGUGAACGAAUGCCUCUCAUUCUCUUUCUGUCCAUAUGAACAAAUGAUUAUAAAUAUUAUAUAUGUGUGUAAGUCCGUCUGCUGCUGAAUUAAUACUACUCUAUCCUGCUGUAUUAUCUUUCUUAUCAAAUGCUUAGCCCCCUCCCCCUCCCCCCACACCACAUCCCUGCGUUACUCUCUUAUUUUUACGCUAAUAUUUAUAUUGCUGUUUUAUUUUCUCUUGAACACUGACAUUUCAAAUAAAAAGAAACCAUAUAAAAAUGUA